AUGCUGAACUCACUCGACAUGGAUCAUCCACGACAGAAAGCUAGCCUGCCUUUUUCCAUUGAAAAUAUUUUAAGGGACGAUUUUCCGCAUCCACGAAGGGCAAACGCAGUAGAUCUGCCAAGUUUUGAACGAUGGCCAAGCGCUCCUGUUUAUAGGUACUACGCAGUUCGGUACAGUCCUGUGUUCAUGAAAUAUUUACCUCAUAUGAGCCGAGUGGGAGGGAGACUUCAUCGUGUAAGUGGACAAAAUGAAGAUGUCUUACCGUUAUACGCGGAAAAGAUUGAACGCGAUCAGUUAUGCUGCGAGGACGAAGGCAAUAAACUGAAUUAUGAUGGUAAGCCAUUUUAUUUAACAUUCUCAGUUCCAGCAACACUUGAUUUUAAAAUAGUUUCAACGAUUUUAAAAUAGGACUUUUCUAAUCAAAACAUACAAAAAUAACAAUUUUUACCUGCAUUUCCGUCAUCGAAAUAUAUAAUUGUUCUGUGCUGUCGAGAUUUAGCGCAAUCGCGCUGAAACGUGUUUAUUAUUGAUGAAAUAUACUGAUAUGAGCUUUAUUUAAGGAAAUAUCAAAAUACAAUAAGUUUUGAUUUGUUUAAGCGUAGUGUGCGUGAAUUCGAGGGAACAAAGGAAUAAAAAAAUUCUCCGCAUUGUUUUUUUUGAGAGACUCUUCUCAUGCCGUUGCGUGUUUAAGACAAGUCACGCUUUAAAAGCACGUACUUAGCCUGAGUAUUCCUUGGAAUUCCAGUAUUCAUUCAACCUGUUAACUAGUUUUUCUAGUUCUUAGUUAUGUCAGAUUACAUUUUAAAACUACUUUCUCAUAAGCUUUUCGAACAUUACUGACAGUGAAUGGGUCAGGCGCAAUGGUAUUAUAGGUACAAGCACUGCCCUGUGUUGCUCUUUCAUGACUUUUAAAAACCAAAAAAAAGAAAAACAGCGCCACAAGAAAAAAAGAACGAUUCAGCGAAAAAACUUCUACGGAUCCAACAUUUCGAAAAAAAAAAAACAAAAAAAAAACAGGUAGAGCUUCUUUCAUUUUGCAAACCUUUUCAUACUCCAUUGUUUUCUUCAUAAAUCGUGGAAAAAAGAAAAAGAAAGAAAGAAAGAAAGAAAAAGAAACUGAGAAAAAAAUAGGCUAGACGUUGGUAUCUGCACAUAAUAGAAGUCAGACAUACCCGAAUCCGGACUUGAAGGCUGUGACUUCUACCAAGGUAGAAGCAAAUUAACUAGUUGUUUUCAUCCGUGUAAUCAGCUUUUUUACUAAAAUGUUGUUUAAAAGACAGAGUUAUUUUGGUUACAAUCGGAGAGGCAGUUAUGCUACAAUUAAGCACCGAGGCAAACUUAUAAAAGUCGUACUAAGACAUAAUUAGAUAACUAUGUUGGCAAAAUAAAAGCAAUAUUGUUUUACCGAAAAUUAGUAAAAGAAGAUAUUUCCAGGUAUAAGAGAAACCUAACCUGGGGUUAAUAGGAGAACUCAAAUUGUGAGGUCAGUAUCAAUGUUAAGUGACUUGUUAAUCAAAUUCAUCGACGGUGUGUUUUUAACUAAUUCUGCAUAGCACGCAACGUAACGAAAGUUUGUUUUCGGUCAAGGAAGCCAAUUACACAAAACAUACGAGACUUUUUCUUUCUUGUUGUGUUAACGUUGUAGCAAAUUAAGUAAAAAAAAAAUAGAAUAAAAUAAACGAGGUUUAUGAUGAAACAUGUAUUUCGUUGCGAAUAUUGAAUUCCUUCUUCUCAGCCGAAUUUUCCUCUUUGAAUGUAUCAAAUUCUGCCUGCUUGCUGUCGUUAUUCUCAAUGUUCCGUGGAGGAAAUACUUGUGCGGAAAAUUUGAAGAGCCAAUCGUUUUUCAUUUUUCAGUCUAGGUUUAUAAGGAUUUCAUUUAAGCUGAUUACCGUCCUUUUUCCUUGUGAAAACGAUCGUGAGAAGUUUUGAUCAAUAUCUUACUUAAAAGGUCACUCUUACAAUUCAUGUGAUGCGCAGUUUUCGGUUAAACCCGCUUUGUAUGGGAAGACAGUAAGAAGUGCCACCCAGAAGGGGUCUCGGUUUUUUCAAAUGAAUAGCGAGCAAUGAGGAAAUCACGACCCAAAAAAUAACAAAACAGGUUUUGGUAAACGUUCAUUCCGCUUGAUUAUAGAUUCAACCGGCGCGGGAGAAAGCACCCUUUCCAUUUUUUCAAGCUUCUGGCAUACAAGCUUAUUAUCGGGCCCGAUUUUACUCUGGACCGUCGUGAAUUGAAAGACAGCGUCUUUCAAGUUUGGACUCGAUGAUCAACUCGAUCGAGCAUUAAUUGCUGAAGCCAUUAGCAGUAACAAUACCUUUAGUCCUGUUAUUUUAUAUGAAACGCUUACUCACUUUGUCAAAAAAGUGUGUUUCGUGAAUCACUUGUUUUGGAUUAACCACAGAGUGACAAUCUAAGCCUUUGACCGGCGACACCAAAUGUCCUCAUCAAAAUAUCGAGUUAAUACCCGACUUUGAAAAUAACACAGUAUUUACAAUAUGUACUUAUAUACUGGCCUGCUGCUUUUACGUCUCCCUGCACGGACUUGAACUGAGGUUUCUAAAACGAACUAUGAUCUAAAUUGUCAUUCAGAACGGCCAAAGUUCCUACGAUAAGAAGAUCUCGGUCAAAGUUCUGCAUCAGGCGUGGCCGCACAAGUUAUCCAUUUAUACUGUCAGUAAAAGAUACGAUUAUAAAUGAAAGAGAAGAUAAAGGCCAAAUUGCUAUUAUUUCAAAUAUCAGUUUGAUUCGUUGUUGAGUAUCUCAAGUGUUUGUUUGGCUAUAUAGUGGCUUCUGAGAACCUAAUAAUCUUCCCCAGUAUUAGUCGGUCGUCAGGCGUACAUGGUUCUAUGCACGAUAAAACUGAAUACUCUAAGUUGUCGGCUAAGAAGUGUCUCAUGAGUGACCUCAUAACGAAGAAAUAGAGGCUUAAAACUUUACCUCGUGAAAAUAUUCACGAUAACGCGUUCAAAGCAGUAGUUUUCUUUUCUCAGAUUUCUUUUUCAAAAUCCCAAAUUUAAAAGGCUUAUAAUAAAUCCUUAAAACGCGUGCACUGCUCAUGAACUUAUGCAAAGAGAAGUUACUUCAAAUUACAUUCUCAGAUAAUAUAACCUCUUUUCGAUAUUCAAGAAGCUGUGUUCAAAUUUUUUUUUUCGUGUGAUUCUCUGAAAGAUGAGCUUAAAAUUUUGAAGUUGCUCGCUGAAUAAAUCAGAUUAAGUACUGUUUUCAAUAAUGUUUCUAUCGCAACAGUGAAACAACUUUUGGUAAUUUUUUUUUUUUCAAGUUGGACUUUACACUGGGCAGGCACCUCCUUUUCCUGACCUGAAACAGGAAAAACAGGCAAAUUCCGUUUACGACUAAGGCUUCACUUUCGAGAAGAUAGAAAGCUCAAAAUAAGUAAAAUUUAAAAUAUGAAUUUUUGUUGGGGGCAUAAACAAAGUUACAUUUUGGUAACUAGACCUUAUAAUUAAUGCUGAAAACGUUUCGUUUGACUGGUUCUGCAUGUAACUUUAUUGAUUUAUACACACCCUAGUACACAACUCAGUGUUGACUCGCGAAGUCAAAAGUUGGAAACUGAAUAAAUACAUUUUUAAAGUUAAAAAAUGCAUCAUGAAUUUUCUAUAUGUACAGAAAUAGAUAAACUUUAUGGGUCUUUUUCCAGAGAAAGAAAUAAAACGAAAGAGAGCGAGAAAAUAGGGUGGACAAUAAGAAAACUGGACUACAAAUCUGAGACAUACAAGACAACCGAUACAAGAAAUUGGUUUCCAUUUUUUCCUUUUCAUCAUUAAGAAGGCGUUGUUCGCUCAGUUAUUUGACAGUAUGCCAUCAACUGUUUGUGUUGGCCACUGAAAACUAAGGAGGAACUCAUUUAAAUCACAAUAGACAUGCUUCAUCUGUAACUUAUACAUAUGAUUCACUUAAUAUAUAUCCAAAUCGAUCCAUCUUGUUUUUGUGUUGUUGGCUGAAGGAUAAAGUAUUAAUAUUGAUCUUGUAGUGUGCGAGCUAAGUAAUACUGCCCCAUAAUUGUUUUUUGAAUUAACCAAUUUGAGAAGUUCCUAUUGUUACUCAUUAUUUGCUUAAAAAAGCGUUUUUUUUUUAAAUCUAAGGACAAAAUACGUCACAGAGUGGGAGAAACAUAGCUUUGCUAAUUUUCGUUAUACAAUGUUUCAAAGGAAAAAAUUAGCGUGGUUCACUUAGCUCUCACAGUGACAUAUUGACUUUCAACAAUGAUAUCUUGAUAUUUGAACAGAUUCAAGUGCGUCAUAUUGAAUUAAGUUCAAUUAUGUAUCACGGUAUCAAAUCAAGGACAUUUUGUUUUGAUCUAUUUUGGCCUUCAUCUUUAAAUUGGCCAAUAAAGGCAACAAAGAGACUUAACUGACAAUUACGUUAGUAGCCAUAGUACGUUAUUGAAAUCAAAAUGAAAGGGUGUGGGGGUCCUUGUUUUCGUAGCACGGCAACUGAUAAAGGAUUGAACGGCAGCGUGGUACGGUAUAAACGAGCUCGAUAUAUUGUGACAACUUAAGUUACGCAUCACGAAAACAAAUGUGUUGUUGGUGAGGUCCACGACAUCCCAAAUGCAUAUAAUGACCUCGUUUUCGUCUUGAAUUCAUCUCAGUAACGUUUUAAAUGAUUUUUGUAUUUCUUUUUCUAGAUGAAAGACACAAAAAGGAAAAGAAGGAAGGCAAUGUAAAAGAAACGUGUCUGACUGAAAAUGGCCCAAAACGGAAGCGGCGAAAUCGCAGCCAUUUCACCCAGCGUCAGCUUCAAUAUCUGGAGAAGAUAUUUUCCCGCCAACAGUAUCUAACACGCGACGAACGCGCCUUAUUAGCAAGGGGACUGGAAAUGACGGAGCUGCAGAUAAGAAAUUGGUUUCAAAACCAGCGAUAUCAGAGAAAACAUCGUGCGAACGAAAACAGGAAAGCUGACGAAAAACCGGACUCUUCAACAUGCGUAAAGAGUGAAGCGUGA